UUUUUAUCGUAGAAUAGUCAGCUAUUCAUUUGUUGUUACGUCUGAUUUGAAAUUGAGUAAUUUUCAACGGUUUUUUAGUUUUCUUGACUAAAAAUGAAAAAAAUUCGAUUAUUAUAGAUCAUAUUUAGGAAACUUAUUAGUAUAAACGAGUUUUAUUCAUAUUUGUUUUUAAUAUUAUAUUUUUACUGCAUUGGACUAAUAUUGGGGUAAAAUUGGAGAAUGUCGGGAAGCUCCAAUGUUGAAAAUCUUUCUCCUCAAGUUAUUCGACAAGUUUCCAAAGAACUUUGGGAGCUCUCUUCUAAUCCUCCUGAAGGUAUCAAAAUCUGCAUCAAUGAAGAAGAUAUCACUGACAUUCAAGCUACAAUUGAAGGCCCAGCUGGAACACCAUAUGCUGAUGGCUUAUUUCGUGUGAGACUAGUGUUGGGUAAAGAUUUUCCAUCAGCACCUCCAAAGGGCUAUUUCGUAACUAAAAUUUUCCACCCUAAUGUUGCUAGAAAUGGAGAAAUUUGUGUCAACACCUUGAAAAAAGAUUGGAAAUGUGAUCUUGGAUUAAAACAUAUUUUAUUGACUAUAAAGUGUCUUUUGAUUGUUCCCAAUCCUGAAUCUGCAUUAAAUGAGGAGGCUGGUAAAUUAUUGCUCGAGCAGUAUGACACUUAUUGUGAGCGAGCCCGUAUGAUAACGGAAAUCCAUGCUCGACCUCCCAAAUUUACUAAAGAAGGUCUCGAGGAGGAUCCACAGUCCUCCACUGGAUCUUCGGCGUCCAAGGGAGAUGGCCCCACUGCCAAAAAGCAUGCUGGCGAUAAGAACAAAAUGACAGUGGAGAAAAAAAAUCUCAAACUAUUGAAGGAAAAGAAAAGAACUCUUAAGAGAUUAUGAUGAAUGCCAACAACAAGACCAUCUCUCCUAUUUAAGACAUGGCUGUAACUUGUACAAGAGUUUUUAAGUUAUACUUUGAUGACAAGUGUUUAUCAUUUAGGUGUCACAAAAUUUAUUAUCGUAUUCAUUUGAAAGGUGUUUCUGAGUGUUCUGUACAGUUUCAUUACAAAAAUUUAUAUUUUAAUAUUUUUUAAUCCAUUAAUAUCAUUUGUCAUUGUGUGCAAAAAUCAAAACUUUAUGUCUAAAUUACCUAAUUUAUUUCUUAUUAAAAAUUAAUGUCCCUGCACUGUAACUUAUUUCACCAACAUACUUCGUUGUAGAAAUUCAUAGGUUUAAAUACAAUUUAUAAAAAAAUAACUGAUUAUUCAUUACAGUUAUUUAUCAAUUCAUUAACUUGUAUAGGAAAGUCAUGUCUUGUGAUAUUUUUUUAUUUAGCUUUCUCAUUUAAUAUAUUGAAUUUUAUUUUUUAUUGACAUUUUCGUCAACAUCUCUUGUCCUUUCCUUUUGUGAAUUGUAUAAAAUUUUUGGAUGUUCAUAACUGAAAUAAAUGAGAAGAAUGCUAGUUUUAAAAACAAGAUAUAACUGCAUCUGGUAACUUGCUUUGUAUGAGAUUAAUGUUAAAAUUCCCUUUGUAAUCUUUCUUUUCCCCCUCAAUGAUUGUAUGUUUAGAAACUUUUAUUCCAAAUUGCACAUUUAUAUACAUGUAUUCUCAUAUAAUGUUUUAUACAUAUUUUUACAUACUUGUGUACAUUUUUGAAUAGUGAAAAGUAAUUAUUUAUUACUAAAGUUACUAUAAAUGUGUAUGUUGAUUUUUGUGUUAGUGCAAUAUAGGACCAGAUUCAGUUCAGUGGAUACGUAAUUCUAUCAACAUGCUGUAUGUAGUGUAUGCUUUAUUUAAAACAAGCCAAAUAGCAUACAAAUUGCAUAUAGUCUAUUGAGUAACCUUUAUGAUUUAUGUCCAAUAAAUAAAAACCUAUACUGACUAA